UAUUAAAAAUAAGACAGAACAUCAGAAAACACUAGAGUUGGAAUUAGAGAAGUGUAAAUCUAUAUUAAUAAAGCAUGAAAAAGAUAUUCAGUUAUGUCGUUCAGAAAUCAACAAAUUAAAUACGACAUCAGAGAACAUUAGAGAAGAACAGAAAAAGAUUCAUUUGAAAUUAAAAGAAAGUGAAACUAAGCUAAUAGAUAAAGUAAAGCAAAAUCAGUUAUGUCAAUCUGAACUUGAUAAAUUAAGUCCCACAACAUGUCUCCCUUUCGGAGAUUAUUCAGGAGUUCAUCAACUCAAUGUCUCUGGCAUAGGUUUAUUCAAUGUUUUGUGCGAUAGUCAGUUAGCUGGACCUGGAUGGAUUGUAAUACAACAACGAGUUGGGGGAGAUGAGAAUUUCGAUAGGGAUUGGGCAACGUAUCGCAGAGGUUUCGGUUCUUUUGAGGGUGAUUUCUUUCUUGGAUUAGAGAAAUUACAUCGUAUGACGAGCUUGCAGCGUUUCGAACUUUACAUACAUUUGGUUGCUCGGAAUGGAAGAGCCUACAACGUUCGUUAUGACGACUUCAAAAUAUCUGAUGAAGAUAAUGGAUAUGCACUGAGUUUGGGUAAAUUCAAUGGAACUAUUAGGGAUGGCAUGAGAUACAAUGAAAACAUGAAAUUCUCAACAUUCGAUCACGACAACGACAAACAUGAUGGUAAUUGCGCAGCCUUGUUUGAAAGUGCCUGGUGGUACGAGUAUUGUAUUACUAGUUUAAAUGAACGUUAUGAAGUUCUAUAUUGGUGGGACACUCAUAAGUACAUUUUACUUAAAGAAGUUAAGAUGCUAAUUCGCCCCAAAGAAGCGAUGAAGAAGUGAUAAACUGAAAAGCUGAAAUUCCCAUAUUUGACUUAAUUUUGUAAUCAUUUAUAUAUAAUUGGUGCAUUAAGAAA